AAGCGUAUAUAUAACGUUCGAACCCCUACUAUGCCUGUCUCCAAAAUCACAAUCUCAACAAAACUCCCCAAAAAACAAAACACAAACAUGAAUAAAUAAAAAGCAAAUGCCCUUUUCCUUCUGCAACAUCCUUUUCCCCUUCCUUUCUGCUCCUUUCCUUUAACUUCCCUCUCCUUCAUGUUCUUCUCUUUCUGUCCCCAAAAGAAACCCCAUUAGCCAAAGACUCAAAACUUUUUGUCAGAACAGAAUCACAUUCAAAAAAAGCUAUGUUGUCCAGAAUAAACAACGGUUCCUGGAUGGAUGAAAGAGAGGAUGAAAACUCUGCUUCUGCUUCUUGGGCCAGAAACUCCAAGCCAAACUCCACUGGUUUUGUUGAAAACAGAGAUGAUUUGGGUUCUCUCUGUGCUUUGAAACCCAUGCUUGAAGUGGAUGAGGAAUGGUUCAUGAUGAGGGACAUGGCUUUUGACAACGUUUUGCUCCAAACCGUGGACUCUCACUCUGCAUCUUCAUGUUCUCCAUCUUCCUCUGUUUUCAACACACUUGAACCUUCAUCAUCGCAGUAUUUUCUGCCUCCGAAUCCCAAACCACCCACUUUAUCUUCUCUUCUCAACCCUUUUGACAUGGGGUUUCUUGAUCCUCAAGGUUCCACCACUUCUUCUCUUCUGGGUAGCUUCGUUGAGCUGAACAACUCAAAACCCCAGUUAACACUUCCUAACUUCACCUCAGGCACUACCAUGACCAUGCCCCAUUUGCCACAAAGCAACACUUCCUUUGGAGGAUUUCAGAACUUGGAAGAAGCUUCUGGAAAGACUCCAUUUCUGAACAGGUCCAAGAUUUUGAGACCGCUUGAAUCUUUGCCUCCUUCUGGGGCACAACCUACUCUGUUUCAGAAGAGAGCUGCGCUUAGAAAAAACAUGGGUUCGGGUUCUUCUCCUGUUCAGAGUAAGGGUGAAAUUGGUGAAGGGAGUGAUAAGAAAAGGAAGCUGAGUAUUGGAGAUGAGUACGAAGAUGCGAGCUUUGAUGGGUCUGGGUUGAACUAUGAUUCUGAUGACUUGAUUGAGAGUAAGAUGGAAGAGAAUAGUGCUAAGAAUGGUGGAGCCUCUAAUGGCAACAAUAGCACUGUCACUGGCGGCGGUGUGGAUCAGAAAGGGAAGAAGAAGGGAUUGCCUGCUAAGAAUUUGAUGGCGGAACGCCGCCGUAGGAAGAAGCUCAAUGAUAGGCUCUACAUGCUGAGGUCCGUUGUUCCAAAGAUUAGCAAAAUGGACAGGGCAUCAAUCCUUGGGGAUGCAAUUGAGUAUCUGAAGGAACUGCUGCAAAGGAUCAAUGAUCUUCACAAUGAGCUGGAGUCCACACCUAAUUCUGGGUCUUGUUCACUCACACCUGUUUCAAGCUUCCAUCCUUUGACACCUACUCCAACAGCACUUCCUGGCCGUAUUAAAGAAGAACUGUGCCCCAGCUCAUUGCCAAGCCCCAAUGGCCAACCUGCCAGGGUUGAGGUUCGGUUGCGUGAAGGAAGAGCUGUGAAUAUCCACAUGUUUUGUGCCCGCAAACCCGGUUUGUUGCUCUCAACCAUGAGGGCUUUGGAUAAUCUUGGUUUGGACAUUCAGCAAGCUGUUAUCAGCUGUUUCAAUGGAUUUGCUAUGGAUGUUUUUCGAGCUGAGCAAUGCAACGAAGGUCAGGAAGUCCAUCCGGAGCACAUCAAAGCAAUACUAUUGGAGUCAGCUGGCUUCCAUGGCUUGAUCUAAUUAGUUUUAGCAAGGAACAAACUAGUACCUGCCAUUUCAAACAGUUAAUUUAGAAAGUUUAAUCAAGUUUUUACAUUUUAAUUCAUUUCCAAAUUCAAGUGUACGGUACUGGCUUCUGGUAAUUACUUGACUUUUAAGUUGAAUUAGAAGAUAUUUUCAUAUGA